CGCGCUGCCCACGUGUUCUCCCGCCCGCGCUCUCGGUGCUCAGUCGCCGCAGUGCUCGCGCCGCGGUUCGGCCUUAGUGAGGCACCGGCACGCGCCGCUCCGGCACCCUCGGGCGGCCUGAGGGCGAGCGGAGCCGGGCGGCGAUGAGGGCGAUGAGCUCCCCGUGGGCUCGGUUCUACUCCAACAGCUGCUGCCUGUGCUGCCAUGUGCGCACCGGGACCAUCAUCCUCGGCGUCUGGUACCUGAUCAUCAAUUCAGUGGUACUACUGAUCCUGCUGAGUGCCCUGACCGAUCCUGACCAGUACCACUUAUCAAGUGCUGAAUUAGGGGGUGAAUUUGAAUUUAUGGAUGAUGCCAAUAUGUGCAUUGCCACUGCAAUUUCUCUUCUUAUGAUUCUGAUCUGUGCAAUGGCUACAUAUGGAGCAUAUAAGCAACAUGCAGCCUGGAUCAUCCCUUUCUUCUGUUACCAGAUCUUUGACUUCGCCCUCAACACACUGGUUGCCAUCAGUGUACUUGUUUAUCCAAACACAAUUCAAGAAUAUCUACGACAGCUGGAUGUGCAUGUUAUGUUGAAUUGUCCUAGCCUGGGGAAUGGCUUUCUGGUGUUUCAAGAGAUUUUUUUUUUCUGCAGCCUGCCAUUCAUGGCAGUAAAUCCCACUUGUCUAGUUGUGAUUAUUCUUCUCUUUAUCAGCAUCAUCCUUGCGUUCAAAGGUUAUCUGAUUAGUUGUGUGUGGAACUGUUACCGAUACAUUAACAGUAGAAACAACUCUGAUGUGCUGGUGUAUAUUACCACCAAUGACACUGCGGUGCUGUUGCCACCGUAUGAUGAUCCUGCAAAUGCAGCUGGUAAAGAACCCCCACCACCUUAUGUAUCCGCAUAAGCAAGAGAGUGAAGUGUACCUACGAACCAAUAGCUUUACUUUUCAAACAUUGAGCAAUAGUUUAUUUCACUUCCAAGAUGUAACCUCUAAGAUUUGUGUUGCUGUUUAGUUGAAAUUUUGAAGUGUAGAUAUUGUGUUCAAAAUGCUGUGGAUAGUUUUAAUAAUAUGCUUCAAUUGAAAUAGCGUGUUAAAUUGGUUUCAUGAACUUUUGGGUGGUUAGUGUUAAGGUGACAGCAGUCAUACAGUAGCUUUAUUCACCUCAAUUUGACAUGCAGUGCUAGAGAAUUUAAAUUUUUGCGUAUAAAUCAGGUGUAAAUUUCCUUUUGUAUAUACAAAACUUCCAGAUCAGUAGAAACAAGUUUCUGAAAUGCCCACUUUCUACUUUUACAAAGUACUGUACAAAAUGUAAUCUGUCAGUCUGCAAAAAAGUAACAUUCUACUUUACUCCUAAAAACCACAUUAAAGUAUUGUGCUGAAGCAAGUGGUCUCUGAAGGAACAGGAAUAAAGUUAUAGUGUUCUCACUAACCAGGUUCAUCAGAAGUAUUUACUAGGGAGAAGCAGGCAUUGGAAAGCAUGCCAAAACUGUGGCAAGUCAGGGUCCAUGUUCUAACAUAUCUGCUCUGGCCCCUGCAGCCACGCUUCUCUUCAGAAUAAACACUGCUGACACCUUUCUGCUAAUGUUUCCUUCCUGCCUGUACAGUCCCUCUCCUUUUAGCAAUCUCAAAAAAUCUGUGCUUUUAAAAUCACGUUGCUUGGUGACUAAAGAUAACUUCUUGGUAUUCAAAAUGUGGAAGUGUCUAUGGGAGUGUGCCUGUAAAUAGAGCAGAGUUUUGGAGUGUGAAUUAAGUUAUACCAAUACAGGGAUAUAUUCUUCCAGCCUGUCGGGAAAACGUGCAUCUCCUAAUAUUUUCAAAGAUCUUUCAUGUAUAUCCUGUCUGCAUCAAAGGGAAUAUGAGACUCCCUCAUAUGUCAGCUGUUUGGUGUUAAAUUAAUUCUAGUGGCACUCACCUAUCCUUACCUAAUCCAGCUAUGUUUGUGAGAGGUGCUCUUCUCUCCCCCCCCGAAAGUGCCUCUUGCACAUGUAACUUUUUUGUUGAGAGUUGUUUUAAAAAUUAAUUUAGAUAAGCAUCUAUAUUAUAUAAAUAGUCAUGUUUGUACCUCUCAUUUCUUCAUGUCACCUCUGACUCUUACUAGAUGUCAGAGCAUGUUGAGGUUCAAAGCCUUGUGCAAAGAGGCUUUGUGGAGUGUCACCAUCCUUGGGGGAGCCUCAGAAAAAAUUGUCCUUCAAGAAGCAUGAUCUUUCUGUAGCUGACCUGCAGAGCGCACACAGCAAUAUUCAUUAGGGCCAUGCAGACUUUGGUGCACUAACUCAACUCUACAGGGCCAUGUGGUGUUUGGGCAGGUUUGUGGUUCUGCCUUUUUCUGAACAAUGCCCAAACAACCCCUGUUCAGAGACUAUACAAGGACUGAUCACAACAGCAAGCCUUGAAGUGAGGGAAAGGCUUUUUUUGAAUGACCCUCUGGGUCCCCCUCCCACAUUUGUGCAAAAGCAGAUCCCAGGCUGGCCUGUGCUAUUUUGUUUGUGGUUCACUCACUCUAAGAUCAAACCAGGCAAUAGUUUGAUUGGAUCAGUUGCUAAUAUAAUGUGGCAAAAUCCCAUUUUUUUUCUGCAGGGUAGCUAGUGUUUUCCAGUGUAGACCUCAUAACCAUUUACCUUUCAGAACUGAAUUUAUUUUUGAAGUGGGCUGCCUGGACUUCUGAUACUAUGGCUGUUCAUUUUCUUCCAAUUCUUGACUGAUUUUGAAGAAUUUUUAAACAUCUGUUUUGGCAAUAAGCGGAUUGUACAUACAUCUCAUUGAAUCUGUGUAUAGUAGCUAGCCUCUCUAAUAAAAAGAUGUUUCCUUGUG